CCCGCCGCCCUCCCUUCCGGAUCUCUCAGUUGCGCCGCCGGGAGACCCCGUCGCCGGUGAGGGGCCCCGAGUCGAGCCCGAGCGCGGUGCCGGCCGGAGGAAGCCGCAGGAGACCGGGUGGGCCGGGCGAGCCGCCGAGAGUAGCGGGGCCUGCCCUGCACGCCCGGAGAGGAGUGGGAGGCGGGCGGAGUUACGGGAGGCCGCGCGGAGCGAGCGAGCGUGGGUCCGACUCGAGGUCGGGCUCAGGCCCGAGGCGGGUGGGCCAGGCCCCCCGAGCCGGCGUUGCGCGCGGCCUGGGACGCGCUGAGCGGGCGCGGAGGCGCGGGGCGAGCGAGGACGCAUGGCCUCGCCAUUCCUGACCGCGGGGGCCGCCACGGGCGACAGCGGCGGAGAGCUGAGCUCGGGGGACGACUCCGGCGAGGUGGAAUCCCUCCAGGGCCCCGAGACCGAGACGUCCGGGAGCCUGGCAGAGCUCUUUGAGCAGGCUGCCGCGCGCCUCCAGGGCCUGGUUCAGGUGGCCAGCCGGGAGCAGCUCUUGUACCUGUAUGCCAGGUACAAGCAGGUCAAAGUUGGAAAUUGUAAUACUCCUAAACCAAGCUUCUUUGAUUUCGAAGGAAAGCAGAAAUGGGAAGCAUGGAAAGCACUUGGUGAUUCAAGCCCCAGCCAAGCAAUGCAGGAGUAUAUUGCAGUAGUUAAGAAAUUAGAUCCAGGUUGGAAUCCUCAGUCACCAGAGAAGAAAGGAAAAGAAGCAAAUACCGGUUUUGGUGGGCCUGUUGUUAGUUCUCUGUAUCAUGAAGAAAUCAUCAGGGAAGAAGACAAAAACGUAUUUGACUACUGCAGGGAAAACAACAUUGAUCAUGUAACCAAAGUCAUCAGAUCGAAAAAUGUGGAUGUGAAUAUGAAAGAUGAAGAGGGUAGAACUCUACUCCAUUGGGCAUGUGAUCGAGGACAUAAAGAACUAGUUACAGUCUUGCUACGAUAUAAAGCUGAUAUUAACUGUCAGGCUCAACUACCAUCUGACUGUGGACUCCAUGGGUCAGGAGCUGGGGCAUGGCUUAUUUGGGUCUUCUGCUCAGAAUCUCUCCAGGCUGCAUUCAUAGUGCCAGCCACGCUGUGUUUUCAUCUGGAGCUUGGUCUGAUUAUUUACCAUAAAAGAGGUUUAGAAUACCUCUAUUCUAAGGAUGAUGAAGGUCAAACAGCUCUACAUUAUGGUUCAGGGAUGUGCCCAGACUUCGGGUGUCUUGAACUCCCACCCAGUAUACGAGGAUGUGACAACCGUAAUGCUGCUGCCUGUGAGUUUUUGGACAUUGUAGAGCUGCUGCUCCAGUCUGGCGCUGACCCCACUCUCCGAGACCAGGAUGGCUGCCUGCCAGAAGAGGUGACAGGUUGCAAAGCUGUUUGUUUGGUGUUGCAGCAACACACGACUGGCAAGGCUUAAUCAAAAGACUGGAAAACCACAGUCUGUAACAGCAUAGAGCUUCAAUAAUGAAGGAAAACUGCAAAGAUAAUACUUCUUUUACCACCCAUCUUUGGUAUACAUUGGCUAAUAAAAUCAGUUCUGAGGAACUGGGA